UCCGAAAUCUUGAUUUUUCACUUGUUUCUCCCUCUGCCUUCUGAAACUUGCCUGAAUUCCAAUCUUAACCCAAUGAUUUCCACAGAAUUCUCCCCAAAAUGCUUUCCCUUCAACUCUCACCCAAACCCCACUCCAAAUUCUCAUCACCAUUACUCUCUCAUCACCUGUAGGAACCCUAACCCUAACCCUAUUCCUCCUAACAGAAGCUCUUCAAAUCUCAAACUUACCACCACUUCCAAGCCUACCCAUUUGCAAUCCUACUCCUACAAAGAAACCCAUUUCAUGAAAUUGCUCAAUCGCUCCUGCAAAACUGGCAAAUACGAUGAAUCCCUCUACUUCUUGGAGCUCAUGGUGGCAAAAGGUUAUAAACCUGAUGUAAUCCUCUGUACCAAGCUCAUUAAGGGUUUCUUCAACACAAAACGAAUCGAAAAAGCUGUUAAAGUCAUCCAGAUACUCGAAUCCCAUGGCGAACCAGAUGUGUUUGCUUACAAUGCAGUCAUCAGUGGGUUUUGUAAGUUGAAUCAAAUCGAAUCGGCUAAUCGGGUGUUGGAUCGGAUGAGGAAUCAUGGGUUUUCACCAGAUGUGGUUACUUAUAAUAUCUUGAUUGGGUCUCUUUGUAGCAGAGGGAAACUUGGAUUGGCUAUGAAGAUGUUGGGACAAUUGUUGGAGGAUAACUGUAAUCCAACGGUCAUUACUUACACAAUCUUGAUUGAAGCCACCAUUCUUGAAGGUGGGAUUAAUGAAGCAAUGAAGCUUUUAGAUGAGAUGUUAUCCAGAGGGCUUCAACCUGAUAUGUAUACAUAUAAUGCCAUUAUCAGAGGGUUGUGUAGAGAAGGAAUGAUGGAGGAAGCUUUCGAGUUCGUUAGAAGCUUGCCAUCAAAAGGAUGCAAACCGGAUGUGAUCUCUUACAACAUCCUGCUAAGAGCAUUGUUGAAUCAGGGGAAAUGGGGUGAUGCAGAAAGAUUAAUGAAAGAAAUGUUUUCAAGAAACUGUGAUCCGAAUUCGGUUACUUACAGCAUUUUGAUAAACUCGUUGUGUCGAGAUGGGAAGGUAGAUGAAGCUAUGAACUUAUUGAAAAUCAUGGUUGAAUCUGGACUUGCUCCUGAUGCUUUCACUUUUGAUCCUCUGAUUUCUGCUUUUUGUAAAGAAGGCAGAUUGGAUGUUGCAAUUGGUUUCUUGGAUUACAUGAUAUCGAGCGGAUGUUUACCCGAUAUAGUCAAUUACAACACGGUGUUAUCGGCUUUGUGUAAAAAUGGAAAUGCAGAUGAAGCUCUGCAGAUUUUUGAAAGAUUAGGGGAAACAGGAUGUCCACCUGAUGUAAGUACUUAUAACACAAUGAUAAGUGCCUUAUGGAACAAUAAAGAAAGGGAGAAGGCUUUUAGUAUGGUUUCCGAGAUGAUAAUGAAAGGAAUCGACCCCGAUGAGAUCACGUAUAACGCACUUAUUUCAUGUUUGUGUCGAGAUGGGAUGGUGGACGAGGCUUUUGGGCUAUUGGAGAGUAUGGAGAGUAAUGGGUUCAUUCCUACUGUUAUAACCUACAAUAUUAUGCUUCUUGGAUUAUGUAAAGCUCAUAGAAUGGAUGAUGCGAUUCGAGUCUUGGAAGAAAUGGUCGAAAGAGGGUGUCAACCGAACCAAACGACCUAUGUUUUGUUGGUGGAAGGGGUCGGGUUUGCGGGAUGGCGGGCUGAGGCCAUAGAUCUGGGUAAUUCGCUGUUUAGAAGGAGAGUGAUUUCCGGAGAAUCGAUUAAACGCUUGAAAAAGACUUUCCCGUUGAUGGAUUCUGAAUACAAGUAGUCCAGAUUAUGCAAAAAACUUGAACAAAUGGUCUACAAAAGGUAUGCCAUUUAAGAAGUUUUCUGAACUGAGAGAUGAACAGCAAAGAUCAUAACUUACCAGUUUUUUGUGUAUUAAAUUCUAGGAAAAAAAGUAGACAUCAGUAUCAAUCUACUGAAAUUAACAUUCUUUUGCAGUUCC